GGGAAAUGGUGUGUGCACGGUGAUGACAAUGCCGGGGACGGGCGGAGGACAGCUGUAGGGCUCACACUGUGUCAUUACUAGGGGACCAGGUGUGGAUGUAGCGAAGCACCAUGGGGGUCCACGAGCUGUGGCCAAUCCUGGAGCCAGUGAAGAAGCACGUCCCAUUACAGAGUCUCGCUGGGAAGACCCUCGCUGUGGAUUUGAGCAUUUGGGUUUGUGAAGCGCAAUCUGUGAAGCAAAUGGGCGUUGUAGCCAAACCUCAUCUCAGGAACCUUUUCUUCCGCGUCUCCUCAUUGAAUUCAAUGGGUGUGAAGUUGGUGUUUGUCACUGAGGGCGAAGCUCCGAAGGUUAAAGCUGACACCAUGAACAAGAGGAAUAAGAUGAGGUACGGCGCCUCGAAGAAAAGCGCCCCUGCAAGACCUGGACGCUCCUACUUCAAGUCAGUUCUGAAAGAGUGCCUCCGCAUGCUGGAUUGCUUGGGGGUGCCAUGGGUCCAGGCGGCUGGAGAAGCAGAGGCAAUGUGUGCGUACCUUGAUGCGAAUGGCUACGUGGAUGGAUGCAUCACCAACGAUGGGGACGUCUUUCUCUAUGGCGCUCAGACUGUAUACAGGAAUUUCACCAUGAAUGUGAAGGAUCCACACGUGGACUGCUACGAGGUCUCCGCCAUUAAAGCCAGGCUGGGUUUGGACAGAGAGUCGCUGGUUGGCCUGGCAAUCCUCCUCGGAUGUGAUUAUGUACCAAAAGGUUUGCCCGGUGUUGGAAGAGAACUGGCCAUGAAGUUGAUAAAGUCCCUGAAUGGAGAGAGUGUUCUGCAGAGGUUUCACCAGUGGAGGAGGCAGUUUGAUGAUCCCGCGCUGAACUCUAAGCCCGCCAAAAAGAAAGUUCACUGUACUGUGUGCAGCCAUCCAGGUUCAGCUAAAGAGCAUGAGCGGAAAGGCUGCACGUUAUGCGGAAGCGAGCAAUACUGCGAGCCUCACGACUACGAUUACUGCUGCCCGUGUGACUGGCACAAGGCCGAGCAAGAAAAGAAAAACUGCUCUCUGGAAUACACCUUUAAGAUGAAAGCCAAGAAGCGCGAGGGAUUCCCGUACCCGGAGGUUAUUGAGGAAUUUCUCAUCAAUAAGGAUAAAUUGGUCAAAGUAAUUAAAUGGAUGAGGCCCAGUCUGUUAUGCUUCCAGAAUUUUGCUCUGGAGUGGAUGGAGUGGCCCAAACACUAUUCAUGUGAGAAGGUCCUGAGCCUGCUGACCUACUACGACAUGCAUGAGCGGAAGGCUGGCCGAGUACAUGGUGCCCAGCUACAGGCUGUCCGAAUUGUUAAGACCCGCGUCAGAAAUGGGAUUCCCUGCUUUGAAAUCGAAUGGGUAAAGCCAGCCGGCUACGUUUUCCCUGACGAUCACCCUCCUGAUGGCCCACUACUGACCAUUGAAGAAGAAUCUCUCUUCACAGGGGCCUAUCCUCCUGUUGUAGAACUCUUCCAAAAAGACAAACUAGAGGCAGAGAUGCUGAAGCAGAGAUGUAAGAAGAGUAAAUCUAAACCCAAGGUGCCUUCAAAUGUGGAUGACGUUGCUUCACUCCUGUCUGAAAUGAGUUUGACCCCAACUGUAGAGACAAAUGCAUCACCGCUGAUCGUAGGAGCAAAUGAAGAACCUGAAAUCACUACUUGUCUUGAGGGGCACCAGCAGUCAAAUGACCUACAUGGCACUGAAGAACCUUCACCACCUAUGGUCACCUUGGUUUCAAGCGUCCUAGACAUUCCCACGACACCUGUUCAUAUGGAAGAUGACCUUGAUGUACUUGAUGGACAAUGUUCUUCUCCAGCACCGGGUCAUAAACCAGAGUCCUCAGUGGCAUCUCCUAAUGUUUCAUCCAUAGUUGCAGAGCUACAUCUGAGUAGCAUUGAUUGGGAAGCCACCUCAUUUAGCAUGUCACCACAAGCCGAAUCUUGGACAGGUGGUGUUCACAUACAUGGUCUCCAAGUUACCCAGAACCCGGGAGAACCCGCAAAGGAGGCCUGCAACGCCAACCGUCCAACCCAGGAAAUUGUAGGACCCAAUAAGAAUGCUAAAGAUGAACCACCAGUCUUAACCUUAUCCGACUCUCCUUGUAUUUCACAUCUGGAGAAGUUGCCUUUAAGGGAGAGGUUACUUUUAAAGAACGCCACUCGGUAUGCCUCCUCAGAACCUCCGGAUGCCCUUGAGAAGCGCCUACCUUUAAAACCCAUACCCCGAAUACUCAAUAUGAGGGACGUCACAAAGUCUGGUUCCAACCAGAUUGUCAGUACUAAGGAAAACAUUCAAACAUAUAAACCGGCCAAGUCAACAAAAGAACAAAGCGCUCAAAACAUUGAAAAGCAAGUCAAUGUAGCCAAAAAACCCGACCCUAACUGUUGGGCACCUGACCGUCCCACCACAAAAACAUUCACUUUUGUGAAGAAGAUUCCUCUUGUUCCUGUGAGACUUGCUCCUGUGAACAAUUCCAGGAAAAUGGCCUCUGAAUCAUCUGCAAAGGGUACCCAAAAGAAAAGUGUCUGCCUCAGGGCGGCAUCUUCUAGUGAGGACGAACAAGAAGCGGGUGGUAGACCUAAACAUGUCUUCAAUAAAGAACGUACAAAAUCGGAGAUGCCAGUGUCCAAAAUGGCACCUAUCAGGCCAGCAACUAGCAUACCACUGGAUACUUUCAGUAUUCCUAGUACAGACAAUGUAUUUUCAAGUCCUGAAGGUAAAGUCUUAUCUGCCGAGUCCCCGGAAGAGCUGAGUGAUGAUGACUCUAUAAUAUCUGUGGACAGUCCUCUGCCACUGUCCGAAAGACUGAAACUCAGACAACUACACAACAGUUAAUGUUUUAUGCUUUUCACUUCUCUUCUGCUCCUUGUCUAUGUUUGUCCAGUGAUUUUUAUUUUUUUAAAGAAAUAUCUAAGUUAAAAUCUGCCAAAAAAAAAAAGUUGGCUAAACUCUGCAUUUUAACUGUAAUUUUAUUAUUAUGUUUCUUCUAUUCAUAUUUGUGACUUUUGUUAAAAUGCUUCUAGCAGGACAUGGAAACAGUCAGCAGUUUAUCCUAAUUCUGCUGUCACGUCCUCUAAUCUCCCACCUUGCACUUCUCUUUGGUAACACGAAGCCAGUGGUAUUCAGGAAAGGUACAUCUCUAGGAUAUGCCACCAAUGUCAGAUAAGUGCAGGUCCCAUCUCUGGGACCCACACAUAUCUCUAGAACUGGGCCCCAAGGCAAAGGAGAGAGCACUGCGCAUGCACUUCAUGCUUUCUAUUCACUUCUAUGGGAG